UUGUCUGCAGCAUCUUUUUAAAUUGGUUAUAACAAUUAUGUAAACUAGUAAAUCUCAGUCGCGAGUAAAGCUUGUGUAUCAAUAAGGAUUAAGUACGUACAUCGUAUAAUAGGUGCGCAUAUUUUUCUCUAAUUAGAGUGGGAACUAAUAAUAAGAGAACAUGGUCAUAACAAUUCCUAUCUACUACAAAACAUGUGAAAUUUACCGCGAAUAAUUAGGUGAACUAUUAAUACUAUUCUUUAAUUUAUUUGAAUAAGUUUUUUCAAUUUAGCGACAGAAUUAAGAUAAGAACAAAUAAGUUUAUGUUAACUAAGUGAUAAGUGAGUGACUCUGCCGAAAACAGUUUGCAAUUCGUUUGGAGACGAUUGGACAUCUCAACGUUCCAGUUUCACCGUAACAAAAAAACGUCAACGUCUAGGGAUUUAGUAUAAAUAUUCCCAGCAGCGCCACAAGACAUCAGUCAACUUCGUUCACUCGUCAAUUCGGUGUUGAGGGGUAGUGAUAGCCGUUCUAACAUGACUUAUCGAGGACUUGCGGUCCUGGGUCUUGUCCUGGUUGUCGGGGUGUGUCUUACAACAUGUCGCGAAAUUCCCAGAGAAAAACGCGAAAGUGGUGAUGUACAAGUCGCCGAUGACAUGGUGGCAGCCGCUUCCAAACACUGGCACAAAGGGGGCGGCAAAAAGCAUCAUUCACACCAUCACGCCGCUCAUGGCGAAAAGGGAGACAAAGGAUACAAAGGUCAUCACCACAGUGAACACGGCAAAAAGGGCCAUCAGGACAAAGAAAGUCACGAGGGUCAUUAUUCCGACAAAGGAGGACACAAGAAAGGUCAUCACCACAAGGACGGAUACUAUGGUGAACACAAAAAAGGAGACAAAGGGGAGAAGGGUCACAAAUACCACGAAGGCGGAAGCUACAAGAAAGGUCACAGCACCAAAGGAGGUCAUGAUGUGCACAAGAAAGAAGAAUAUGAAAAGAAGAAGCACUUCUUCGACGAAGAUCACGACUCAGGGCACCACGAGAAACAUGGAGGAUAUCACCAUGAGAAACAUCACAAGAAAGGCGGCCACAAGAAGGGAGGCAAGCAUAAGAGCGGACAUCAUGAAGACCACUACGGAAAGAAAGGACACCACGAACACGGAAGUCACCAUAAGGAAGAGAAAGGACACAAACAUAAGGGAGGACACGAAUCCCAUCAUCAUCACCAUGACAAGUAUGGAAAGAAGGGUGGUCACGAAGACCACAAGAAAUGGGGAUUCAAGAAAGGACAUUAAAAACCGUUUUGUGAACUUAAUACGAAAAUAUUUCCACUCUAGCGUGGAACUGUUGUUGUUGUGUUUGGUUAUGUUGAGAAUAACUAAUAAAUAUUGACUA